GCGGUUGCCAAGGAGAUGGGCAGUGUCCGCCGGCCUGUCUGCCCUCACCGCCGCGGCGUGGGGGGGUGCCCCUCCGUCCGUCCGUCCGUCCGUCUGUCCGUCCAUCCGGCGGGGGAGGGCGGAGCGCGGAGGGUGGCGAUGCUGCGCGGUCCCUGCCGGGUCCCCGCCGGCCCAACCUGUCGGGGCGGCGGCGGCAGCGAGCCGGGCAGCGCCGCACGCCCCUGCAGCCGGCACCGCCCGGGGGCACGGAGCGGCUCCCCGCCGGCCCAGCGCCCCCUCCCCGGGGCGGCGGCGGGGCCCGCGGCUCUGCCCCCGGCCCGCCCCGGCACCGGCACCGCCCCCGCCGCGGGAGCCCCGGCGAAUCAGCGGGGCGCUGUCAGGGCGUCAGCGCCGGCGGCUCCGCGGGGCCGGCCCCGAGCGCGUCCCUUAUCGCAGACGGGCACCGGGGAUCGCAUCAUUAGCAUGGGCACUGUUUGCUUUUCGCGGCGCUGCUGUUUGCUUUUCGCUCUCGCCUGGGCCGGCAGGUUGGCGGGAGGCAGCGGGGGCGCAGAUGUUGACGAGUGCGCAGAAGCUACGGAUGACUGUCACAUCGACGCAAUUUGUCAAAACACACCAAAAUCCUACAAAUGCAUCUGCAAGCCGGGCUACAAAGGGGAAGGGAAGCAGUGUGAAGAUAUCGAUGAGUGUGAAAAUGACUUCUACAAUGGGGGUUGUGUCCACGAGUGUAUCAACAUUCCAGGCAACUACAGGUGUACGUGCUACGAUGGAUUCAUGUUAGCCCACGAUGGCCACAACUGUCUUGAUGUUGAUGAGUGUCUGGAUAACAAUGGAGGGUGCCAGCAGAUUUGUGUAAAUACUAUGGGCAGCUACGAAUGUCAGUGCAAAGAGGGCUUUUUUCUGAGUGAUAACCAGCACACCUGCAUUCAUCGCUCCAUUGAGGGUAUGAACUGUAUGAACAAAGAUCAUGGGUGUGCACACAUCUGCCGGGAGACACCCAAAGGUGGGGUUGCCUGUGAAUGUAGACCUGGCUUUGAACUUGCCAAAAACCAGAAGGACUGCAAAUUAACCUGUAACUAUGGGAAUGGAGGCUGCCAGCACACCUGUGAUGACACAGACACUGGCCCUGUGUGUGGCUGUCAUCAGAAGUAUGCCCUGCACUCAGAUGGCCGAACCUGCAUCGAGAAGGAUGAGGCUGCAAUUGAGAGUUCUGAGUACAAUGCCACGUCAGUAGCUGAUGUGGACAAGCGGGUGAAACGGCGGCUACUUAUGGAAACAUGUGCUGUCAAUAACGGAGGCUGUGAUCGGACUUGCAAGGAUACCGCGACAGGGGUGCGCUGCAGUUGCCCAGUUGGAUUUACCCUGCAGCCUGAUGGGAAAACGUGCAAAGAUAUCGAUGAGUGUUUGGUAAACAAUGGUGGCUGUGACCAUUUCUGCCGAAACACGGUUGGCAGCUUUGAGUGCAGCUGCCAGAAAGGCUAUAAACUGCUCACAGAUGAAAGGACCUGCCAAGAUAUAGAUGAGUGCUCCUUUGAAAGGACCUGUGACCACACCUGCAUCAACUAUCCUGGAAGCUUUGAGUGUCUCUGCCACAAAGGCUACACCUUGUAUGGACUGACACACUGUGGAGAUAUUGAUGAAUGCAGCAUCAGCAAUGGAAGCUGUGACUUUGGGUGUCUAAAUACCAUGGGGAGCUAUGAGUGUGUCUGCCCACCUGGAAAGAAACUGCACUGGAAUAAAAAGGACUGUGUUGAGGUGGUGAAAUGUCUCCCAAAUGCCAAACCAGCUCCCAAGGCUCAGCUAGUAUGCAGUAAGACAGGAGGCAUAGAGAGCUGCUUCCUGUCAUGCCCAUCCAAUACUCUUUUUGUUCCAGACUCGGAGAACAGCUACACGCUGAGCUGCGGCGUCCCCGUGCAGCACGGCAAGGCGCAGCCCAGGCGCAACUCCACCAUGCCCAGCUGCUCAGAUUCCCUAGCCCCUCCAGUUAAGCAAAAAGCUCGUUUUAAAAUCAAAGAUGCAAAAUGCCAUUUACGGCCUCGCAGCAAAGAAAAAACAAAAGAUUCUGGGAAGCAGGCUGUUUCAGGAGGUCAGUUCCCCUGCACAGACAACUGCCAGGUGACCUUUGUGAAUCUCAAGUGCGAUUCCUCCAAGAAAAAACGCCGAGGCCGCAAGUCACCAUCCAAAGAAGUGUCCCAUAUCACUGCAGAGUUUGAAGUGGAGAUGAAGUCUGAAGAAGUCUCAGACACCUGUAACAUUGACUGUGUUCGGAAAAGGAUGGAGCAGAAGCUGCAAACUGCAAUCAAAACAUUGAGGAAAUCUAUUAAUAAACAGCAAUUUUACAUUCAGUUUUCUGGGACAGAAUAUGAAGUGGCUCAGAAGCCAGCUAAAGCUACUGAAGGGCAUGAAGCGUGCAGUACAGGGCAAGUACUGCAGGAUGGAAAAUGUGUUACCUGCAGCACGGGCACCUUUUAUAGCGGAGAACACAACCAGUGCGUCCCGUGCUCGCCAGGAACCUACCAGGACACAGAAGGCCAGCUCACCUGUGAGCCUUGCCCCAGCAACGAUGGCCAGGGAGUCGCGGGCGCCCGGAACGUCUCGGAAUGUGGAGGGCAGUGUUCUCCUGGGCACUACUCUUCAGAUGGUUUUAAACCUUGUACAGUCUGUCCUCUUGGUAUGUAUCAGCCUGAACCAGGAAGAACCCUCUGCUUUCCCUGUGGCGGUGGGCUCGUGACCAAAUACGAAGGUGCUGUUUCCUUUCAAGACUGUGAAACCAAAGUUCACUGUUCUCCUGGACACUAUUACAACUCCACAACACACAGAUGUAUCCGGUGCCCUGUGGGAACAUACCAGCCUGAGUUUGGUCAAAACUACUGCAUCACCUGCCCUGGCAACACCAGUACAGAUUUUGAUGGCUCCACCAAUGUCACGCACUGCAAAAACCAGCAUUGUGGAGGAGAACUGGGGGACUACACUGGCUACAUUGAAUCACCCAACUAUCCUGGAGACUACCCAGCUAAUGUGGAAUGCAUUUGGAAUAUAAAUCCACCCCCAAAGAGAAGAAUACUCAUCGUAGUACCUGAGAUAUUUCUCCCAAUUGAGGAUGAAUGUGGUGAUGUUUUAGUAAUGAGAAAAAGUGCUUCUCCUACUUCAAUUACUACGUAUGAAACAUGUCAGACCUAUGAGAGACCUAUUGCAUUUACCUCAAGAUCAAGGAAACUCUGGAUUCAGUUCAAGUCCAAUGAAGGAAACAGUGGCAAAGGAUUUCAGGUCCCCUAUGUGACUUAUGAUGAGGAUUACCAACAACUAAUAGAAGACAUUGUUAGAGAUGGCCGAUUAUAUGCAUCAGAAAACCAUCAAGAAAUUCUAAAGGACAAGAAACUGAUUAAAGCUCUCUUUGAUGUACUGGCACACCCUCAAAACUAUUUCAAGUACACAGCACAAGAGUCAAAAGAAAUGUUUCCAAGAUCAUUUAUAAAGCUGCUGCGAUCGAAAGUUUCCAGGUUUCUACGACCGUACAAAUAGUCGAGUGGUAUUCAGUUUUUGGUUACUUUGCAUUCCUGUCAAAUAUUGUCUUUCCUCCAUAGUAGAAACAUUUGCUAAUUUGAAAGCUCUUUUUUGCAGACUUUGUUCACAAUUGAUAACGAAGAACACCUAUAAUGUUUUAUAAUUGUAAAAAGUCAAUGUUCUGAAUGGGAUACUUACUACAAAAAAAGAAAAAAAAAAAAAAAAAAAUUAUGCAUCCCCGAGUACAUCUAGUUGCAGAUCCACAUUUGGGUCUGCACUAGUGUAUCCUCACUUUCCAUCUGAAAUCUCACUAUGUAAAAAUAUUCUUUCUAGCUUUUUAUUUUUCAUCAACAAUAACUUUUGUCAAAGAAAGGAGGAAUCUAUUCAAAUAUGAUUAAACUACCUGCAGAUAAGUUCUGUUAUAGAAAGAAGUAUGUAGUAUAAAUAAUACUUGGAUUUUGAAUUGCACUUGAAGUUUAUAUUUGAAUCUUUAGAAGAAAACUAAACAAUCUAAAUUUUGUUACUUCUCAUUUGUGGCUUAGUGGAACCUCUGUCCAAGUAGAAAUCAAAAAGGAAAAAAAAAAAAAAAGAAGAAAAAAUGCAUAAUUUUGUUUUAUGGAUUACAUGAGAUUGAGUCCCAUGCCCUAAUGUCCUAAUGUUUUUAUCUGUCCUCUUCUAAACUUCUUCAGAGGUUUGCCACUGUCAAUUACUUAAUUGAAACAGAUUUAGCUCUGGAUUUCCAUGCAUCAAUCGGUUCCUUUAAAGACAUUUACAAUAGGAUAUGUGAGAAAUUAACAACAACACUAGUAGUCUUGGUUUUCUUUCCAUUGAGAGCAUCUAAUUAAGUACAAUAUAUAAAUAUAUAAAUAUAUACUUCUAUUUGUGGGUACAUUAGUAAUGUUAUCUCUAGUUACUGUAAAUAUUAUUCAUGCUUAAAUCUUUACUCCCACACACCCUAUUUACUCAUAUCUAUAUGUAACUUUGUGUAGACAAUUAAAUGAGUUCUCCAAGUGCUUGUCACUUCUAUUAACACCCAAUUUUGAGGUUUUAUAAUACUGCGUAAUGGUUUACUCUGGGACAAUCUCUUUCAAUAUGUAUUAUUCCAGGAAAAAUAGCAUGAGUGGAGAUGCAAGUGCUGCCCAGUAAAGGGUCAGCUGUUGCCUCUCCCUUGGGAGACCAACAGAGUGACCCUCAGGACAACACACGUGGGAGGAGCUGCUGCUGGACCCUCUAGUUGUGCUCUCUAAAACACUGAGAGCACAACUGUGUCCAAGCCUCAGAUUGUCAGGGGCUCAGGGGCUCCCUUUUAUCCCAGAUUUGUAGCCACAGUGCCCAUCAAGCACAGGGACUGCAGGAGAGCUUUGGCCUUAUGCUCAGGCCCUGUUCACAGAGCGACAGUGGGUUUGCCAUGAUGAUAAAUCCUGGGUUUCCUGCUGUUUCCCGGCACAGGAGCUAAAUCAAAUGGGAGAGGAGCCUUUAUUUUGUAUUAGUAUUUCAGCCUCUUUCCUUUUCAGUCCCUUCCUCUUGUGUAUCAUUUUCCCUUUUGAUUCUACAAGUUUAUUCAAUGGAGAAAUUAAAUCUCCUGGCAGCAUCCUUUCAGAAAAAGACUAAAACACAGUUUUGCUUUGCUGCUUCUUUUUUUGCCUGUCUACCCUGUAGUUUAACAUGUGUUGGGAUGUUCUCAAAGACAUAUAUAAGAGGUGCUUGUGGUUAUCUUCUGACACUUUCUUUUUGUCCUUGAGCAAGUACUGCUUAAAUUUACACAGUUGGUUUCUGUUGACUGCAAGUGGUUGAAUAUUCCAUUUCUAUGAGAACACACUUAAGUAUUCUGUUGAGUUUUUCUACUUAACCAUCUUGUAAUUUGCUUGCCUUCUUUCCUUUUCUGUUGAAGAAUAUAAUUUUUUUUCUUUCUAUGCCUGAGCAGCCUGACUUUAUAGUCUAACAUUUCUUUUUCCACACUCAUGGACUUCAGAUCUUUGUUGAGCUUUCUUUUUAAUAUAUACAUUAACCCUUGUUAAAAAAUGUCACUUCUCCAUAAAAGUCCUUUGUUAAAAGUUGUUAAACCUAAAUUUUUCUUGAGGAUUGUGGGAAUCCAGGGCAUCCCUCUGGCUGCCCUGGAUUGCCUGGGACCCUGGCAAGGGGAUCAGGAACCCCCCUGUACAGAGCCCUCAGAGACACUGUCUCUGAUCUCUGUCCAUGGAAAAGAGUUUUCAAUCUUACAGGAUGAAUUACAAGCUCUGAGUGUUUGAUAUGAGUAAUAAUUAAGUGUGGCACGGGUGCAAAAGUAGAAUUUUAGGAUUCUAGAUAAAGGUUCAAAGGAGGCAAGAUGGAGGAAAUUAAGCGUGCCUUGUCUUUUUUCUUCUUCUUCAUGCCACGUUUCACUGUGGUGUUGGCAUUUUUCUAUUAAUUUAAACUGGGACACACUGUUCAACAUAAGUGAUAGAUAUUGGCACGUUAUUGUAAAUACAGCACAGGUAGUUUCUGGUAUUUAAUGUUUGUAACAUCCCACUGAGGGCAGAGCCCCACACGCUGCCCUGCAGGACAGACCUGCGGCAGGGCAGCAGAACAUGUUAGAGAUAAGCAAGAAUAAACAACCUUAAAAACCAGCACAGAUUAAUUACAACUUCUUCUUUGGCAGUGGGGCUGAAAGACAGAGACUUUGUACAAUCUUGAGAUCAUUUAAAUACCACAAAUUCCAACAGGGGAUGUUAAAACUACUUUUAUUUAUGGUUCACCAAGGGUCACUAAAAAGAACACAUUUUCAUUAAUUUUUUCUUUAACAGUAGUCAUUUUUACCAAAAAAAAAAAGUUUUUAAAAAGCAAAACUCUUUUCAGGUACUCAAUUAUGCAGGAGUAUAUAGCUAAAAAAACUACUUUAGCCAAACAGUAGUUCAAAGUCUGAUAGGUUAUUCAGAGUAUUAUUCAGAUCCAUUAGAAUGAGUCAGGAUUGCAGCCAUUCUACUAAAAGAUAUGAAAAAUAUGGCAAAAAUAACUUCCUCACUUGGCAAAUGAUUUAGAGUGAUCUUUAGUAUUUCAAUCUUGAGUAAGCAAACUUCAGAACCUGGUACUGUACACUGAGUUUUGUAAAAUCCUUGCUAAAAUUUUUGUUUAACAACCAACCUGUUUGGAUGUAAUACCAUAGUAUGACAGUGAUCCCAAACUCCAGAAAGCACUGGCAGCACCAUAAAAUUUUCCAGGUUCUUAGCUCCAUGGGAAAUCCAGUGCCAGAGAGAAACCGUAUAAGGGACAUGUCCCAAUUCUGGUCACUGGUAGUGGGACCUUGCAGAGCUGUGAGAGGUGAAUACAAGCAAGAGAAAUUGAAUUUGGCUCUGGUACCACUUGCUCUGACUUAAAACCACACUACAAAAAAGCAGGGCUUUGUCCAGUUCGUCCUGACAGACAACCUGAGAAUGAGGCUGACAUUCCCCAGAGCCACAUCAGGACAAGGCACUUGUGGACUUCUGAGGCAAACACAGGCUUUGUGCUCCUGAAGGAAGGUGCUGAAGGAAAGAGAAUAAUCUGACCCUCAAAAAUUGACACAAAUGCUUUUGAACAUAUCUGAUAUAUUUAGAAAAUGAGUCAGGCUUGAACGCUUGCCGCUCUGCAUAGAAAUGCUCUUCGAAGUGCAAAUUUCUAAUGAAAUAAGUAAUGACAAGUGGUACAUAGGGCAGUCUGAACUGUUUUCAGUUGAUUUGAAGAACAGCACAGAAUUUUUAUAUCAGCUCUAGAAGUUAAAAAAUGUUUUGACUUUCAUACUAUGUUUACAGUUACAGAAGCUGGCAGUCACCAAAUAGGAGGUGAGUUCAGCUCUUCAUCUGUUAGUGUGGGAUGCCUUCAUUGUCAGAGUCAGAGAACCUGUUGCUACUACACAAUAACAGCACAACAACAAAGAAUGUUUUCUUCUACACACAUUUGGGAAUCAAAAACCGGACAAGGAGAAAUACAGCUGCCUUUAAGCAAACCAGCUUCUGAACGUGGCAGAAUAUAACAUCUUAGCUGUUACCCUGAAUGUGAAAUACUCCAUUUGAACAUACCAAUAAAUACAGCCCUGUAUCUGUUCUUAGAGAAUUACACAUUGUCUGCAGUACAGGUGCAGCAACACAUUUAUGUGGUAAUACAGGUAGACUGAAGAAGUGCCCAUUUGUGAUUGCCCAAUUCCGUGGCACAAACAGAGCUCUUAAUUUUCAAUUUGCAAAUGCCUGUAUGAUUAAAAGCUGCACCUGCAGCACUUAGCAUUUUAAGCCUCUCUUUCUGCUUUAAGUACUGCACUUAUUUUUAGUGAGGUGGUGGUGAAUCAUCCCUAAACAUUCUCACAGGCCACCCAAAUCACUGCCUGCACACCUACUCUAGUCCAGGACACUGCAGCAAUCACAAGUUGCUCAUCAAGCCCUGAGUUGUGCCUUGAAAGCGCUGAGGACACAGAGGUGCCUCUCUGUCUGAUUUGAGCACAGGGAGCAGCAGAAUUCUGUGUUCAGUGCAUUGCCACCUCUUCUGCCACACUGCAUCUUGCCUUCAAUAACAAGACUUACUCUGCCCACAGAUUUAGCUUGCUGAAACUGGAUUUAAAAAUUCUGAAGUCUUUCUUUCAUCCCAUUUUCUUGCCCUGUUUUCCUUCUUCCAUCAUACAUUAGAUUUUUACCUAAAAAACAACUUUUCAAAAGAAGUUUAUUUCCUUGUUUUGCUACCCCCAUAGAAUAAAGUUAUGACUACUUAAGAUUUAGAUUAAUCCUUUGUACACAGCAGCUUCAUUCUAGAGUAAGCUUACUUAAAAGUAAUUAAGCUUACUUAAAACUAGCUUACCUUAUAAGCCAGGUUUAGUUUAGUUUAGUUUUAGACUAGCUUAAAUAAAUAAAGGAUUGGUCAUAGAAUUUUCAGACCAUCCACAUUCUGAGUUGUCAGUGGGUUUUAAAGAGCACAGCUCGCCUGAAAUCCUGUCUGUGAGCAGAAGGCAAGGAUGCUGCCACAUCAGUGAGAAACAUCCUUUACAUGUGUUCAGCAUUCCAAAAGGACGGUCAAACCCCACCCUGUGCCUUUUUAUAAGCCUGCCCAACGCUUUCAAAUUUCUCAGAUCAGUUUUACCUAUAAAAAACCCAGUUUUAAUCUUGCAGAUAGCAGGCUAGGAGCUUCAGGAGCAAAAGUGGUGCUGUGGUUCUUAUACAGGGCCUGCUGACAGGUGUUUGACAGCAAAACUCACCUGCUCUGUGACAGCUCCCAUGUCUGGACUCUAAAUACCUUUGAAGGCUCUUAAAAACUUAGCUGGAGUAAAAUCUUCAACAACUGGACCCAGUGGCAAAUUUCCCAGCCACCUCAGGGGUCUGGAUGGGUUCUAAAUGAUGGGAAUGAGUGGCACACAGAGUUCCUUGUAUCCGUAUCAUGAGUUGAAGGAGUUGCAUCUUUUCGUAGUUUAAAACCACUGAUUGACAGGAAUGGGAGUAACUGGAGGAGUUCCUGUAGAAUCUCGGUACUUUGGGACUUCAAUUGAGUAGUUUUCUAGAAUGAGAGACUGUUGUAAGCACUUGGGAAAAGGAAUACUUUUGUCUUCCAGAAGAAUUUAUGGAAGAAGGGAAAUUUCUGUAAGGUACUAUGAAUUUACUCCUCAGUGAGAGACUUGGAUUCAGAGCCAAGUCUUGUGUUUUAUCUCUCAUCUGAAUAGAAGCAGAGUGGAAAAUAAACCAUGUCAAAAACCUGUUAUCUAAGGAUCUGAAUAGAUACAAUUCCACUUUGUUAUUUCAUUUAUUUAUUCUUUCAUCAUAAAGCUUUUAAUCUAUAAAAUUAAUAUGUAAUAUACAAGAGUAAAAUGUACAGAAGUACCUUUAGAUCUAAUAAUUUAAACCAUCUGUAUUCAGAGAGCAGAGAUAACAAGUUUAAAGAUAUACAAACAAUUGCAAUUCAAUUUUUUCAAUAUCUAGAAAAAAAAAGUGGCUUUGAUUAAUUAAACUUUAUUUUAAUUAUUGUGAAAAUAUCUUUUUUAGAGUUUGUUUUUGUUACUUUUUUUAAUUAAAAUUAUUUUGUAAAUAUUGUUUUCUAUGUUUUAUAACUUAGAAAGGCCAUUAAUUUGCAUUGAGAGCAGCAGAGACUCAACAUGUUGAUUAUAAAGAUACUUUACAAGACCGGGGUGGAUGUGAGGCAGUUGCCAGAUUUGUCAUUCCAGAUUACACGUCCUGUUAUUUCUUCAGUCUCACUGGCAUGACAGGAAGAGUUUUCUGAGGUAAUUUAACAUUCUAAUUUAAGGAGAACUGGCUAUCAAGUGUCAUUCUAAAGUGCUUCCCAUUUUUAUAACAUAGAAAGAAUAUAUAUCUUAAAGUUAGUGCUGGUUCUUCUUUCAUUGUUAGGAUGUGAAACAACACAGAACUCAGAAAUAAAAGGGAAUUUAAUAGAUUAUAUACAUGGAUAGUGCAAAGACAAGGAAAGCUGUGGGAUCUCUAUGCUUGUAGGGAGCAGUAGAAGUGAUAAAGCCUCACAUUGGAUUAGAUCACAGAGCCUUUUUUAGGCAAAACCACUGAAGCCAGUGGUACUUUCACCUGCAAAAAAGUUGAUUUUGAUCAUAUCCAGCACCAUUUUAAGCAGGAAUUUCUGGCAGGCUGGAUUUCAGGGGGAAGCACACAGGGUGUAAUACUGGAUUCUGCUUCAAUUUGCUCCACGUAAACCACUGCGCAGGAGUGAGAUUUUAAACUGAACUGUUGUAGAUGCUGCUGGGACUUCUAAGCUUUAUUACCAAUGUAAAUUGUGUACAAACAGCUAUUUCCAUAUGAAAUGUACAAUAAUAGUUUAGAGCAAGGGUAGUGAAUAACUGUACAAAAUUUGAUACUUAGAAAAUAAAAUACAGUGCUAAGCUUUACCAAUAUUUUAACAAUUAUGUCAGAUUUAUAGUAGAAAAUGUUGUUGUAAAUGUACCUUAUAAGAAAAUACAUUUCCUUUUGCCUCUGUAUAUUAAUAGCUUUGAUUUCUAUGUCAAAGUUAAAAAUGAAGCAUGUAAUAAAACUUUUGUUAAAAUCACUUUCAUAAUAAACAUAAAAUGGAAUGGA